AUGGCAGCCGUUUCAUCUUUCCGGUACUCAACCGGCAAGAUCGCCACCGCCGAGGCAGCCAAGUCAUUCUCAUGGGAGGCACCUGUGCCGGUGAAUCCUUUCUGGGAUAGUUUCAGUUACUCCACUGCCCGGAAUUUUCUAGGCAACUUUUCUGAACACGAACUGAAACAGCUGUCUGUCGACCCGGUGGGAAUAAACCCCGACGAUACCGCUGACCAGCAAAAAAAGCUUCAGCUUCUCCUUCAGUUACUCCGGAACAAGCUGGCAAAGGAAGAAGCGGCCACUUCGCCACAGUCGCUCUAUGAAGUCAAUUACGCGCAGUGGAGUCAAUUGUGGCAGGGAAUAUAUAUACUCGAGGAUGAAUUGGAUCUUCCGCAGGCCGAGGAUACUAUCCGCAUGCUAGUGGAGAAAAGACCGGAUACGUCGAACGUUAUCCCUCCCCAUAUGCUAGCCGAUCACCUUGUCAAGGUUGGGAAAUAUAGGGAGGCGGAGGAAGUUGUGCGGCCGGUUUGUCAGUGGAUGGAUGUUAAUCCAAAGCUUGGAAAAGCCUCUCCGCAAGCCCUCAGCGCUCGCAGGACUAUCGCCAGAGCCUUAUGGGGCCAGGGCCCCUCGCGAAGAUCUGAGGCUGAGGCGCUGGUUGCCGAAAUCCAUGAACUUAUUGACGGCAUGGCUGGAAGCAAGUUUGGCAUUUACCAGGAAGAGGAGGCAAGCCUUCACAAGGAACUGGUGGCUGAGUUGAAGCUCAAGAUUUAG